UCGGAUAUCGAGAAGACUAUUCUUCAACAACGCACCGAAUAUGGGCAACGUGUAACGACGUUUUACGCAAUUUUUAUGCUGACAACGGCAUUUUUCUACUUGCUUAAACCAGUUCUGAUGACACUGUUAGAAGAUGAAAAUUUCUUGAACGUGACAAAAUCAUCCAUAUCGGUGGCAUCGAAACUACCUUUUCACGUUGAAUAUAACGAGAAAUUGGACCAGCACAUCUACCUGAUAAUGAUGCAUUGUUAUCUCGCCGUGUUUGCUCAUGUAUUUGUUACAACCGCGGUUGAUACCUUAUAUUAUGCUUUGAUUCAGCACGCCUGCGGAAUGUUCGCGAUUAUUGGACACAUGCUCGAAAAUAUUGGUAAGGACAAUGACGCUAAUUUUCAUUUCAAACCAAGUAAACAAAGAGACGACAAUUAUAUCAAAGCCUUGAGCUGCUUACGUAGGCAUCUUCACGUAAUAGAAUUUGCGGAACUCAUCGAGUCCACAUACACAAGAAUGCUAUUGAUAAGCGUUAAUCUGAAUAUGAUUGCUGGCAGUAUACCCGGUAUUGAGGUAAUAAUGAAUAUAAAAAAUCCGAGAGAUGUUGCAGCUCCUCUAGCUAUUUACAUUGCACAACUUAUUCAUCUUUUCCUACAAUUUUGGCAGGCUCAAUAUCUAUUGGACUACAGCAUCAUUCCAUAUAAGUCUAUUUCCAGAAGUAAUUGGUAUCAUACUUCGCAAAGAUGUCGAAAGAUCUUUCUGUUGAUUAUGCUUAGAGCUUCAUCACCAUGCAAAAUAACUGCGGGCAAAAUAAUGACAUUAUCGAUCGAAAGCUUUAGCUCGGUAACGUACUUUUUGGCCGGCUCGAUUAGUAUUACCGAUAUAUUCCAGUGCGUGCCAUCGAUAACUAUCACUGUAGUAUUCAGCUUUAAAAUAUUCAGCUUGAUGCUAAAUACUAAAAAGAUAAAAGCUUGUCUGAAGAGGGUAGAGGAAGACUGGCUGUCACUGCAAUCAGAUAUCGAGAAAACUAUUCUUCAACGACGCACCGAAUAUGGGCAACGUGUGACGACAUUUUACGCAAUUUUUAUGGCGACGACGGUAUUUUUCUUCUUGCUUAAACCAGUCCUGAUGGCACUAUUAGAAGAUCAAAAUAUAUUGAAUGUGACAAAAUCAUCUAUAUCGGUGGCAUCGAAACUACCUUUUCUUGUUGAAUAUAACGAGAAAUUGGACCAGCAUGUCUAUCUGAUAAUGAUACAUUGUUACCUUGCCGUGUUCGCUCAUUUAUUUGUUACAACUGCAGUUGAUACCUUGUACUAUGCUCUGAUUCAGCACGCCUGCGGAAUGUUUGAAAUUAUUGGACAUACACUCGAAAGUAUUGGUAAAAAUAAUGACGCUAAUUUUCAUUACAAGCCAAAUAAAAUAAAGGACGACAAUUAUAUUCAAACCUUGAACUGCUUACGUAGACAUCUUCACAUAAUAGAUUUUGCGGAACUCAUUGAGUCCAUGUAUACACAAGUGCUAUUGGUAAGCGUUAAUCUGAACAUGAUAGCUGGUAGUUUACCCGGUAUUGAGGUAACAAUGAAUUUAAACAGUCCGAAAGAUAUUGCAGCUCCUCUGGCUAUUUAUAUUGCGCAACUUAUUCAUCUUUUCCUGCAAUUUUGGCAGGCCCAAUAUCUAUUAGACUACAGCACCAUUCCAUACAAAUCUAUUUGCAGAAGUAAUUGGUAUCACACUUCACAAAGAUGUCAAAAAAUCUUUCUGUUGAUUAUGCUUAGAACUUCAUCACCAUGCAAAAUAACUGCGGGCAAAAUAAUAACUUUAUCGAUUGAAAGCUUUAGCUCGGUCUUGAAAACUUCGAUGUCUUACCUGACGUUGCUACGUUCUCUCCAAUGAAAUAAUCUGUACGCAAUUUAAAAUCGCGUUUCUCGCAUAAUAAAAUUUUAUUAAAGACUUUUCUUUGUAUGUGUGUAUGUAUGCUACUUGCUUGCUAUAUACUUUUAAGUUACAUUUCAGUUCAAUUGCGUUAGUAGUGAACAGAUAUUGAUGUAUUGAUAAUUGGUAUAAUUGGAUAAUGUAUCGAUAUGAUAUGAUAUAUUGAUAACUGGAUGAAGUGAUAAUUGUAUAAUUCGACUAACAAUGAGAAGCCUCUCACAGCGACCAAAAACUCUAAUAGCCAUACCAGUGUUGAUGCGCCGCAACAAUCGACUUUAAUUGCCCAAGAAAGAGAUCAAGAAAUUCGCAGCUUUAGAACUCGAUUCGUCCGAUCGACUGUAUCAUUAUUGCUGCAACGUGAAAGUGAAGCGUUUACUCAGCUUAUUCAAGGAAAGGACGACCAAGACGGUCACAAAGUAGCAACGAGGGUGGAUACACGGUGCUUAUAGCACAGUGAAAUAAUUGCGUAAUCAUCCCGUAACGGCAUAAUUACCGUCACGUGUGUGCCGCGACACAAAGACUUGCUAAUAAUGUCUCGCAUUUCGCGCUAGAUAUGUUCACAAGGAAUCG